AUGGAUAUAAGUAAUUCAUGUAUUACAAUUAGUCCAUAUCAAAGUACAUCACAUUCAGUUUGUUUAAAUGAUAUUCCAUUAUCUACAAAACGUAAAUAUCCAUCAUUAAAGAAUACAUCAAUUAUUCUUCAUAAAAAUAAACAAUAUUUAAGUCCAAAAUUAACUAAAUCUAAUUCUAUUCUACGAUCAUUUCAUCAUCAUCAUUAUCAUCAUCGUCAAGAUCAAGAUCAAGAUCAUGAUUCAUAUGAUCAAUAUGUACCGAAUGCUCCAAGACCAUCAUUAAAAUUGAAUGAAGAUAAUAUACUUUUUGUAAAGAAACAAGAUUUAUCCAAAUUACAACGUCAUUUAUAUGAAGAAUCAAUUCAUACUCGAUCACCAUCAUCGUCAUCAUCAUCAUCAUCUUCAUCAUCCUCAUCAUCAGUUCAUGAUAAUGAUCUGUGUCAAAUGAAUCAUGAACAAAUUAUACCAAAAGAAAUUCAUAUUACAACAUCAACCCCAUUUAUUAAAUCAACUAAAGGAUCAUAUUCUCAUAAAGGAUCCAUCAUCAAUUCAGCAUUAAUUGGUGCACCUAGAUUAGCUCUUAAUGUUUCAUUACAAAAUAAUAAUAAUACUACUACUAAUAAUAAUAACAGUAAUAUAGAAGAUUUAGAUUUACCAAAUAUAUCAAAUACAAGUUUAUCCUAUGAUCAAAGAAAUAGUAACCAUGGUGAUAAUGAUCAUGAUCAUAAUCUUAAUACUAAUCAUGAUCUGAAUGUUGAUCAUGAAAACGAUCAAAAUCAAUUAUCCAAUAUAAUUAAUAAUCAAUAUAUAAUCACUAAUAAAACUUAUCAUACAUUAGAUCAUAUAAAUGAUUCAAAUAAAAUGACAUUUCGUUGUCGAAUUUGUUUAGAUGAAAGUCAAAAUAAUAAUCAUGAAAAAGAACAAGAAAAAGAAGAAGGAUUAUUAUCACCAUGUCGUUGUAAAGGUACCAUUGGUUUAGUUCAUAAAAAAUGUUUACAAAAAUGGUUAUUAACCUCUGGUAAAUUACAAUGUGAAUUAUGUGGUUAUAUGUAUUUAAUGAAACCAUCAAAACAAUAUUCAUCUUUUUAUUCUAUAAAAUGGAAUCAAUUUAAACAAUAUAAUAAUGAAUUAAAACAAUUUUGUCAUUGGUUACAAUGGCAUAGAAUAAGAAAAUAUUUAAUAAUUGAUAUUAUAUGUAUGAUAUUACUGAUACCAACUACUUAUAUUGGUGUUUAUUUUUGUAUUAUUAGUGCUUUUAAUUAUGCUGAAUAUAAUUCAUUUACAUGGCAAGUAAUUAGUUUAUGGGGAUUAGCUGUAAUUUUAAUUUUACUUCUUACAAUAUGGAUUAUAUUAGCUAUUAAACAUCAUUUAAAUCAUUAUCGUCAUUAUCAACAUGAUCAACAACAACAACAACAACAACAACAACAAUUCACAUGGACAGGAACCAAUUCAUUAAAUCGAUUACCUAGAUAUCGAUUUUCGAUACAACCUAGACCACGUGGAUCCUCUGUGGUAUUAUAUACUACGACAUAUCAUAAAGAUCAAGAAUUAUCGACAAUGAAUUCAAAUGUAGAAAAUGUAGAAAUGAAUUCAUCAUUUAAUCAUCAACAUGAUGAAUUAACAUGUUCAAAUAAAUAUUCAUCUAAUGGGAAUCAAAAGAUUGUUGUUUCAGUGGAAUUAACUACUGUACCUGAAGUUAUAGAAGAAUUAUCUACAUCUAAUAAUAAAGUAUCUAUUUGA